UUUGGCUUUAGUUUGCAUAGAAAGUCAUUUAUUUAUUUUUUUUGCAAUGAAGAUCCAAUUUGAUUUGCAGCUUUUCACAUCCAUUGUGUUCAUUGGUUUUGUAGCACUCUUAUUUCGCUUGUACACUAGCUUGGUGCAUAAUCCAAACGUGCUUCGUGCUAAGCUAAGGAAACAAGGUAUAAAUGGUCCACCUCCAACUAUACUUUUUGGAAAUUUAAUGGAAAUAAUGAAAUCUCAACCCUCCAUUCCAAAUUCUCCUUGUUCUGAACCCCCUCUUACUCACAACAUUGCUUCUCUUCUCUUUCCCAAAUUUGAAGAAUGGAGGGAACAAUACGGCAAACUGUACAUGUUUUCUUUUGGAAGCAUUCAAACAUUAUGUGUGAGCCAAACAGACAUAGUGAAAGAAAUCACCACAUGCACUUCUUUUGAUUUGGGGAAGAAUUCAUUUACAAAGAGACUACUUGAGUCUUACUUUGGUGAUGGUAUUAUAACAUCAAAUGGGACUACAUGGGCUCAUCAUAGAAAGAUCUUAGCUCCAGAGUUAUACAUCAAUAAGGUUAAGGGAAUGGUGAAUAUUGUUGGUGAGUCUUGUGAAUCUCUACUAAACUUAUGGAGUAGUAAAAUAGAGGCACAAGAUGAAGUUGCGGAUAUAAAUAUUGAUGAAGACAUAAAAAGAUUCUCUGGGAAUGUUAUUUCAAGAGCAUGCUUUGGAAGUGAUUAUUCCAAAGGAGAAAAACUUUUCUUAAAUUUUGAAGCUCUCCAAGAAGUUGCUGGUUCAUGGAAAAAUCUAUUAUUAGCUUUUCCUGGCAUGAGAUAUCUUCCAACAAAGUCCAAUAGAAAAACAUGGAUGUUAAAAAAGGAGGUGAAAAGUUUGAUACUUGAAAUGGUGAAGGAAAGAAAAGAAAAAACUAGUUUCCAAAAUGACUUGCUGCAAAUGGUUAUUGAAGAUGCCAAGAAAAGUAAUCUCACACAAAAGGCCAGUGACCGUUUUAUUAUUGAUAGCUUCAAGAAUAUAUACUUUGCAGGCUUUGAAACAACUGCAGUUACUGCUACAUGGUGUCUUAUGUUGUUGGCCUCAAAUCAAAAUUGGCAAGAUCGUGCUCGUGCCGAAGUACUAGAAAUUUGCAGAGGUAGCACCCCUGAUUUUGAUAUGCUUUCAAAGAUGAAGCUGCUGACAAUGGUUAUUCAAGAAUCCUUGCGCCUUUAUCCUCCUACGCCUUUAUUGUCAAGGAAAACUUUCAAGGACAUGAAAUUUGGGAAUAUUGAUGUGCCCAAAGACACUGACCUUUGGAUAUUUAUUAUAACUAUGCAUACAAAUCCUAAUAUAUGGGGAGAUGAUGCCUACAAAUUUAACCCAGAAAGAUUUGCCAAUGGAACUGUAGGUGCUUGUAAGCAACCACAAGUGUAUAUGCCAUUUGGAGUUGGCCCAAGAGUUUGUCUUGGACAGAACUUAGCCAUGCUUGAACUUAAGAUGCUCAUAGCUCUCAUUUUGUCCAACUUCUCUUUCUCCCUCUCUCCUAGAUACAUACAUUCACCUGCAUAUGGAAUUACAAUGAAGCCUAACAAUGGAGUCCAGCUUCUAGUAAGAAAACUAUAAACUAUGGACAAAACUAGGUGCAACAUAUCCUAAACUGUCUCUUUAAUAAACCUAUUUUCAAAUCUCAAGUUUCAUAAAACUAUUUGUCUCUUUAAUAAAAGGGUUCUUUUUAAGCCACUAGCUAUAUUUGGUCUAGUGGCGAGGGAUUUAGGUAGUAUGCUAGAGGUCAUUG